UGGCUUCAUGAGCACAGCUUACAUUGUUCUCUUAAUCAUGCUCGUUGUAGCUAUAGUACCGACUGCGUUUUUUGAUUGGGCUGUGGGCGAUAAGAAGGAGUACGUGAAAGGUGCUGACAACUGAACUCCUGCAAUCUGCUUUUUCCACUUGAAAUGCGCCAUGCAUCUUUACCGAAAGCUGGAAACUCGAACGCACACACCAUAUACUCAGACGCCCGCCUUUGUGGAAAUGCUCAUAUCACAAGGUUCCAUCCUCGUCGGGUUUCUAGCAAGGACAUUCAGGCUUUCGACGCGCCUAUCUGAACGAUUGCACCGUAACCUUCUUAUACCUUUGGCUACUGCUCUUCUUCAACACCUGCAUACACUUGGAGUCUUAUUGGACCCUGAAAGAAACGCAACCAUCAGGGCAUCAGCUAGACUAGACUUUAGCUCGGCGCGUUACGGAUUAGUUCUGAGGCCCGUAUUGGCAGUAGCAGUACUGGUCCGCACGCAAGCUGACUUGUCCAACUCUAUGCUGGGAGAAGUAAGCCGCCUAAUACAUCUUCCUUCUGAACAUUUAACCAACCUUGAUGAUGUGAGUAGGCAUUUUGGCUCUGGGUCAUCUUGCUCUGUGUACUUCGAAACUUGCGAGCGUCACCCUUUACGAGGGGAUGAAUGGAUGGGAAUUUGGGGACGGUUCUCAGGAUACCCGAUGGCAGUUUGGUCAAGUAUUCACAUGCGCACAACAAUCAUCGUCACUCGGACGAAGCUUCAAAUUUGAUGCCAACGUCAUCGUUAGCAGCGAGAGAGACUGGUAGGGAGAGAUGGCAACCAGACGCGGGCAUCAUUGGCGACGAGGGCGGCACGGAUCGAGCUGGCCAUCAACCCCGCAUACAUAUAGCGUCUGCUGUCGCAGGAGGCAAGUUUUCUGGGGUU